AUGAGUGUUAAUAUUUUUGGAGACCAGGUGACAGAAGAGAGGGCAGAAAACGCUCGUAUGGCCGCCUUUGUAGGUGCCAUCGCCGUGGGUGAUCUUGUGAAAAGCACCCUGGGUCCAAAAGGUAUGGAUAAGCUAUUACAAAGUGCUUCUAGCGAUUCGUCGUUAGUAACCAAUGAUGGUGCUACAAUUUUGAAAUCUAUUCCAUUAGACAAUCCUGCGGCAAAAGUUCUAGUGAAUAUAAGUAAAGUCCAAGACGAUGAGGUUGGUGAUGGUACCACAAGUGUUACCGUAUUGAGCGCCGAAUUACUCAGAGAAGCAGAGAAAUUAAUCGAUCAAUCCAAAAUUCACCCACAGACAAUUAUAGAGGGUUAUCGAAUUGCUUCCCAGGCGGCCUUGGCAGGACUUGAGAAAGCUGCCAUUGAUAACUCAGAGGAUGUUGCUAAGUUCCACGAUGACCUUGUUCACAUUGCUAAGACAACGUUAUCAUCCAAAAUCUUGUCUCAGGACAAGGACUAUUUCGCCAAGUUGGCUACAGAUGCUAUUCUAAGAUUGAAGGGCUCCACGGAUCUUGAACACAUUCAAAUCAUUAAGAUCAUCGGUGGUAAGUUAUCAGACUCUUUCCUAGAUGAAGGCUUUAUUCUUGCGAAGAAAUUUGGUAACAGUCAACCAAGAAGAGUCGAAAACGCCAAGAUAUUGAUUGCAAACACAUCUUUGGAUACUGACAAAGUCAAGGUGUUUGGCACGAAGUUCAAGGUCGACUCCACCUCCAAACUAGCUCAACUAGAGAAGGCUGAGCGCGAGAAAAUGAAGAACAAGAUAGCGAAGAUCUCGAAAUUUGGCAUCAACACAUUUAUUAACAGACAGCUGAUUUAUGACUACCCAGAGCAACUUUUCACUGACCUGGGAAUCAACUCUAUUGAGCACGCAGAUUUCGAAGGUGUAGAAAGACUGGCUUUAGUCACUGGUGGUGAAGUAGUAUCAACGUUUGACCAACCAGAAAAAUGUAAACUAGGUGAAUGUGAUCUGAUCGAAGAGAUCAUGAUUGGUGAGGAUUCAUUCCUAAAAUUCAGUGGUUGUAAGGCUGGUGAAGCUUGUACUAUCGUUUUAAGAGGUGCAACUGACCAGGUAUUGGAUGAGGCAGAAAGGUCAUUACACGACGCACUUUCGGUGCUUUCUCAAACUACUAAGGAAACGAGAACUGUCUUGGGUGGUGGUUGCGCCGAAAUGAUCAUGUCCAAAUCAGUCGAUACCAUUGCACAAAAUGUCGAUGGUAAAAAAUCUUUAGCAGUAGAAGCAUUUGCUCGAGCAUUGAGACAAUUACCUACUAUAUUGGCCGACAAUGCAGGGUUUGACAGCAGCGAACUUGUGGCAAAGCUGCGGUCUUCAAUUUACAAUGGUAUGUCUACGUCAGGACUCGACUUAAAUGCAGGAGUUAUUGCUGACAUGAGGGAUUUGGGUGUUGUGGAGAGUUAUAAAUUAAAGAAGGCCGUUGUUAGCUCUGCAUCAGAAGCUGCUGAAGUUUUGCUGAGGGUGGAUAACAUUAUUCGUGCAAGACCAAGAACGGCAAACAGACAACACAUGUAG